GACCCCACCCGUUUGAUUUCCAUUCUCUCAUGUCACAACUUGACAGAAACUUUUUGCGGCUGAUUCAAUGUUGAGAAAUACAGCAAGAAUGCGCGGAGGACGGGGCUGCGCUUUAAUGCUACUGUAACAUACAGCAGGCUGUCGGUAAAUUAUUAAAAACGUUUUUUUCGCUUUGUGACUGGAUCCCCGACAAGGAUUAUGAGCGGCAACGACAUUUUAGAGAUGGACUCCAUGUCUGAGACAGAGGAGUUCGACGGUGAUACCCAACAAGACAUGAUAGACGAGGAAGCUGUUUACCCUGAGGAGUUUUUACCAACAUAUCAAAGUAUUAAAGAAGGAGCAACAGUGGCCAAAGCACAACUGGCAGAGUUUAAUGGCAAACCCGACUCCUUAUUCUUCAAUGAUGGUGUGAGGAGGAUCGACUUCAUCCUGGUCUAUGAAGAUGAGGACAAGAAGGAAUUUGAGAAGAGGCACACGUACCAGCGGCGCAAGAGACGGCGAGAGUACUUUGAGGCCAGCCUGAUGAAGAUGGGACUGGAGCUGGAGGCAACUCAAUCUGUGGUAGAUGAGAAAGAGCUGUUUUUGAAAGUCCACAUGCCAUGGGACGUGCUGUGCACCUACGCCGAGGUCCUGCACAUCAAGCUUCCCAUCCAGCCCAACGACCUGUCCUCCCAGCCCUCCCCGUGGCGCCUUUUCUCCUGCAUCACCAAGCACUUCUACCCCAACGAAGACCUGAUUGGCAAGGAGGCCGAGUUCUUCACCGCCCCCUUUGAGAAAGACCGUCUGGAGUACUUCCACAUGAGCAACAAAGACGCCUUCUUCACGCCGUCCAUGAGGAGCAGGAUGGCGUAUUACAUCCUGAGUCGUGCCCCCUAUGAAAUACGAGGGAGCAUAAAGAAGUUUGGCAUCACUAAACUGCUGGAUGGUGGCGUGUACAAAGCAGCCUAUCCCCUCCAUGACUGCAGGUUCAAUGUCAAGUCCAAAGAUGAGGGCUGCCCCAACGAGAGAUUUCUGCUCUAUGAAGAAUGGGCUCAUCCCAAAAGCUUCUACAAGAUGCAACCACUUGACCUCAUAAGGAAGUAUUAUGGGGAGAAGAUCGGUAUUUACUUUGCCUGGUUAGGUUUCUACACAAUAAUGCUCGCUCUGGCUGCUGUUGUGGGACUGGGUUGUUUCAUUUAUGGAUACAAGACUCAAGACACCAGCACCUGGAGCAAAGAGGUGUGCGACCCAAAAAUUGGAGGGGAAAUUGUGAUGUGUCCACAGUGCGACAGGGAAUGCCAAUACUGGAGGUUGAACAGCACCUGUGAAGCUUCGAAAAAACUUUGUAUGUUUGAUAACUUUGGAACCCUGGUAUUUGCGGUUUUCAUGUCAAUCUGGGUAACUUUGUUCCUGGAGUUUUGGAAACGCUACCAGGCAGAGCUGGAGUACCAGUGGGACACUGUGGAGUUUCUAGAGCAGGAAGAGCCACCUCGCCCAGAAUAUGAAGCCAAGUGUAUCUAUGAGAGGAAAAACCCUAUCACAGGGGUAAAAGAAAAAGUGCCUUUUACAGCCUGUGGACGAUGUGUUCGGGUGUCGAUAGGAGUUGGGACGGUCUUAUUCUGGAUUCUGUUGAUCUUGGUAUCCAUUGUGGCCAUCACUGUCUACCGCCUUGCUGCAUUUUUUGCCUUCUCAGCUCAACUCAGAGCUCAAACCCUGAAGGAGCUGGAACCCUUAAAGGAGUAUGUGACGCCUCAGAUGGCCACUUCUGUCACAGCCUCCCUCAUCAGCUUUGUUGUAAUUAUGAUCCUCAAUAUUCUCUAUGAGCGGGUCGCCAUCUGGAUCACAGACUUUGAGCUUCCGCGGACCAAGACGGACUACGAGAACAGCUUAACUCUGAAGAUGUUCCUCUUUCAGUUCGUCAACUAUUACUCAUCCUGUUUCUACAUCGCUUUCGCCAAAGGGAAAGCAGUUGGCUUUCCUGGAGAUCCUGUUUAUCUCUUGGGAAAAUACCGGAACGAGGAGUGUGAUCCUGGUGGUUGUCUGAUCGAGCUGACAACUCAGCUCUCUAUCAUCAUGGGUGGAAAAGCCAUCUGGAACAACAUCCAAGAGGUCUUGCUACCGUGGGUGAAGAAUUUGAUUUUCCGCUACUGCACCCGGACCUCAGAGAAGGUGAUUCCUCGCUGGGAGCAAGACUACCAGCUCCAGCCUGUUUCAAAACUAGGACUGUUCUAUGAAUAUCUUGAGAUGGUCAUCCAAUUUGGUUUUGUGACCCUAUUUGUGGCCUCCUUCCCUCUGGCUCCCAUCCUGGCUCUGGUCAACAACCUGUUUGAGAUUCGGGUUGAUGCUUGGAAAAUCACCACUCAGUAUCGCCGCAACGUGCCAGAGAAGGCCCAGGAUAUCGGGGCCUGGCAGCCCAUUCUUCAAGGCAUCGCCAUCUUGGCUGUUGCAACAAAUGCCAUGAUCAUUGCUUUUACAUCAGACAUGAUUCCACGGUUGGUUUACUACUGGUCUUUUUCCGUGUACCCAUAUGGAGAUCACGCUAACAACACCAUGGAGGGCUACAUCAACAGCUCGCUGUCUAUAUUCAAUACCAGCGACUUCGCCGACAAAAGCAGGCCCCUCAACACAACUGACAACAUCGCAACCUGCAGGUAUCGAGAUUUUCGGUAUCCUCCCGGGCACCCCAGGCAGUAUGAGUACAAUAUCUACUACUGGCAUGUGAUCGCUGCCAAAAUGGCUUUUAUAAUUGUUGUAGAGCACAUUGUUUACCUUACCAAGUUCAUCCUGUCCUACAUGAUCCCAGACGUCCCAUACGCUGUCAAAGAACAGAUCAAACGAGAGAAAUACUUGACCCAGGUUAUCCUUCAUGAGACCAACCUCAAGCUGGUGACCAAACGUUUGAAACCAGUCUAUGACGAGACUUUCGAGCACAUAGAGGAGAACGCGGCGAAGGACGAGCUGGAACUUAAUUUCUGACAGUAGAUGAAAACGUAUGGAAGAAGAGAUCAGACCUUUCUAGGUCUGUCACAUGUUCAUCCCUGAAACUGUAUAUACAUGACUACCCAGUUUUUUGCAGCACCUACACACAUCUGUUUAAACACCGAUCCAACACCUUGUGUACCGGUGGUGACAGAACUAAGACCCGAAACAAGGUGUGGACUUUAGUUAUGGAAAAUGUGUAGCAACCAGUAAGGAAGAAGACAUCUGAAGUUUCUUAAGGGGCUGUUGGACAAAGAAAGGAGAAACCACUGUUGUCUACUUUUCACCUCUGUCUACUGUCCUCAUACUCUGGACUCCCUCAUUGUGUUUGGCGUAUGUCAGACCAAAGCAUGUAAAAGGAAAAAGAACAGUGUAUCUGUCCUCUAUCACCUCUAAGAGUGUCUUUUCCUAGUGAAACAAGGGAUGUCAAAUCAGUGCACAAAGGAGAAACAACUGCACACUGUUAAGCUCCAAAUAAAUAGUUUAAUCCUCUUUUCAAGGCAACGUUUUUGAUCUACAAGAUCUUCCUCAGGAAUCAGUGCCUCACAUUUUGAAGCUUCACACUAAAUAGCACCAACCAUUUGGUGGAUUAAGAAUGAAAAACAACAAAACAAUCCCAACUCAAUGUCCACUUACUAGUUUUUUCUUUCAACCAUAUCACAUGGUCUUCAUCAGCAGAUGAAAGAAAUUUGCUCACUUGUCAUGGAGAUGAGUCAGUUGACAUGUGAGCCCAGUAGCUGCUGUUCCCAUUCGUGUUGGCCUAGAACGUAAGAUACAGUACAUGUAUGGUUGAAAGCUCCGGAAAAAGCUAGUGUGUAGACCUUGAGUUUUUUUGUCAAAACAUUUGAUGGAUAUUUUUACUUGUUUUAAGUGUCUUCCAGUUUUAUGACUACAUCAAAUUUUUUAGCUUAGCUACAUCAGCACUGCAGUGUGUCUCGCUCCAUCCAUUAAGCUACCUGCUGUGGCCUCCAUGUAACCAACAAGUGCUGCUGCCAGGUGAUUGUUUUAAUUUAAUGCUGUCAUGAAAUAUCAGUAUUAUUAUAUACACAAUUAUACCACUUUUGAAUGCAAUGUUGUCCAUCUCUGUUACUAGAACUAAAGAGCUGUAGUGAUCCGUCAAACAGCUCACAAUGUUAAACAAGUGAUGAGAUAGCAGGAGUUAGAAUAGACAUGGACGUCUAAAUGUGCCUGAAAAUACCUUUACCUCUUUAAGACUUUCAAAUGUCGUUAUAUUGCAUGAGGUGGGGAUUCAAUUUCAGUACAGCCAAGUGAAUUUAUUUGACAGUUCAAAACUGGAGCGGAUGCCAUGUAAAGAUUUGAUGAAUACAAGUUUGAAACAACACUCUUUUGUCAUUACACCAAAUGCAGUUCAGUUGAACCUAUAUUUUUAAUUAAAUGAAUGAAUCUCAGCCCUGUGAAGUGGUUUAGUUGAAGAUGUGAGUACAAUCUGUCUCUUUCUUUAUGCAUGUACUUACAUCUAGAAUACUGUCUUGCACUUUUUAAUUACAGAGUUCCAGUCCUGUGCCAUGACCACUGCACUGCACGUUUUGCCUGCACGUUAUAUAUAUCCUGUGAUAAAGGUGAUACAGUAAUUUAAUCUCCUGUGUCAUUGCUGAAAUCUUAGAUCAAUACCUCUGCUGUAUUAUUGCCUCGCCUUGUGAUUUAAACAAUGGUACUAUAACCAUGUAUGUAAACAGUAUCAUAUACCAGCAAUAUCUGGCGAUGCAUAUCUGUCUUGUCUUUUUGUUUUAUACAAUGCCGUGAAAUUGUUUUAUAAAAAAUAAGUUUUCCUCUUGUACUUCAAAGUCUUUAAAAAAAAUCUCUGAAGAUUAAUAAAAAACUUUCUACCAA